UCACACACACACUCUGCCUCCUCACACACACACUCUGCAUCCUCACACACACACUCUGCCUCCUCACACACACACUCUACGUCCUCACACACACACUCGGCCUCCUCUGGAAACGGUGUAUCUGGGAAACAGCAGCGUAACAACACAGCAGCUCUUCAAUGACUUGCACAUGUCUGAGUGGACCAACACACAGUUUAAAACCCUUUCCCUCGACUUCACACACUUCCACAGAGAGUCCGGUUUGUUUGUGUGUGUUUCCAUCAAACUGGAGUGGGUACGCUCACAGAGACUCGCCUCCUUCCUCUCCAUCCUUCCUUUCCUCAUCCCUUCUCCUCACUCUGGACCCGACCUGCAGGCAGCACUCACGGUGCUUCUCCUGGUCUCCGCUCUCCUCAUGUUGUUCGGGGGGUUUUGGUCGAUGUUUACUGAGCGCUCCCAGUACUUUCGAAGGUUCAGAAACUGGUUCCAGCUCCUCCUGGCUUUGUUGUCUCUAACAACCUCAAUCCUGCAGCUCUGCUUCCUGUCUCAGGCAUCUAACUGUGUUUCUGAGCUCCGAUCCGAUCCCGACAGCUUCGUGGACUUCCUGCCGGCGGCCCUGCUGUCAGAGAGGAGUUCUCAGAGUGCCGCUGUCCUGCUCACGCUGCUGCUUCUGAAGCUGCUGGGCUCCCUGAGGUUUGUGCGGAGGUGGGGGGUUCUGGUUCAGGUUCUGCAGGGGUCCUGGAGGGAGAUUUGGGCUCUGAUGGUCCUGAUGAUGCUGCUGCUGAUGAUCUGCACUCACCUCGGAAACACGCUCUUCUCCCGCUCAGUGGAGGGUUUCCUGUCUCUUCAUCAGUCCGGGGUCUCCGUGUUGUCCAUGCUGCGGGGCCGGGCCUCUAUGAGGACGCUCUGCAGGAUUCACCCGGUCCUGGGACCCCUCUAUGGGCUGCUGAUAGUGGGGGGAGGGGUCUGGAUACUGGCCCGAAUCUGUGGAGCUGUUCUUAUCCUCGCAUACAGGGUGGAGAGAGCUCAGCUGUACCGCCCCACCUUUGAGCCUCAGGACUACGAGAUGGUGGAGUUCUUCAUCAAGAGACUCAGACUGUGGAUGGGACUCUCCAAAACUAAAGAGUUUCGUCACAGCGUGAAGUUUGAAGGUAUGGACGCUCCUCCUUCCCGAUCCUCGCAGGAAUCCCAUCUCUCUUCCCGCUCUCCUUCCCUCUCCUCCUCCUCUUCCUCCUCCUCCUCUUCCUCCUCCCCUCGUCCUCCAUCUUCUUCUCUUUCUCUGAGGUCUGAGGACUCGUUCGAUGUUCAGCCUCACUUGGACCGCCUGCUUCCCUGCGUCACAUCGCUUCUCUCUCGCUUCGAUCAGAUCAACCAGAUCACGGACGACGUCCACGACCUGGAGGUCAAACUGGAAGAAGCUCAGGUGAGAAGAAGGAAGAUCAGUGAGGAGGGGAAACGUGCAGAUAAACCCAAGGAAGUGAAGGAAGUGAGACACAGGAAGAUCGGUCUCCUUCACCCCAAAGUCUCGCUUCCUUCCUCGUUCUUCGUCACUUCUUCUUCCUCCUCCUCCAGCAGACUUCCCCGUGCACGAAGCACCUUCUCAGAGUCCGAAUCAGCUCCAUAUCAUCCUCGUGAAUCCUGUAAAAGCCACAAUGCACUCUGUGGUUUGAAUCCCGCAGCUUCUCCGGGGGAUGGACGGACCCCACGGAGAAGAGCUUGGCAUUCUGGGAGUUCUCAUUCGGCCGAUGCAGCGCAGAGGAUCCUUCAGACGCAAGGGGGUGUUGCUCUGAGUGGAAAUGGAGGGAAAUACUUGGGAUUCACAGACAGACCGAGGAGUGAAGAAGGGGUGAGACGGAAAAUCAGUGUGGGAGUCCCGGUGAAGAGGAAGGCGUGGAUUGAACAGGAUUAACGCUGAGAUUAAGACGAUAAGAGACGAGGUUGAUCUGAUCUCUCCUCCUUUCCUCUCCUCCUUUCCUCUCAUCUUCUCUUUAUGCAGCCCCAACAACAGCCUCUGCUCAUCAACAGACUUCAUGCAAUGCUUCAUCGGAUGCAUAUAUUAGAUAAUAAUCUCUAUAUCACUCCUAACAUCUAAAUCUACUUCCAGCAUGGAUAAAUGUUCAUAACAUGCAUCCAUUGUUUGUUCUAUAUGCUUCUUGACAUCCUAAAAUACACAGUUUUUCUAGAACAGAUUACAAAUCGAAAGUGAAACUUAAGCUCGCUCCAUUGCGGAGAUAUUCCCGCGAGAGUGUGAAAAACUUUGAUUAAAUAAUUAAUUCACUGAGCUACUUUCCAUCCGCAGUCCCUCACAUUAAACAUUAAGAAAAUGAAUGAAAAUUACAAACAUAGCAGUACAAAUACAUAAAAUGCAAGAGUAAGAGCAGAAUAUACAAGUAUUUAGGACAUGGUAAUACAAUAUAUAGCAGCAUCGAUACAUAAAGUGCAAGAGAGGAUACCCCUGUAUUAAAGUACAUUUAAUAUCAGCUCCGUUGUUCCCCCGUUUUUAGAGAUGUGGGCACGGACGAAAAAGAGAGAGGGUUUUAUUAUCCCUGACACACCGGGGACACACAUUGAUGCAUAAAAGACAUCAAAAAGUGCAUUUUGAAUGAUCAAGUUGAGGUGUUUUAACCACAAAUGCUCAGAGUGGUUGCACGAACGUUGGGUUUGCAUCGCUUUUUUCUCCAUCCCAUGCAACAGCUAUGACCUUCCUCAUCAUUAAAACUAUUGAAAACAGACACAGAAAAACCUGCUUUGUGGACACACGCCUUUACAUGGAAUGGAGAUUACUGCCUAUAGCAACAGUAGGGUAAUAAAGUGUCCGUCUCUUUUUGAUUUGUCACUACUAAUGCACGUGGAAAAGGAGAUUCCUGCACGCUUGCACACGAGACAGUUAUCAAACACAUCCUUCAAACUAACUUGCUUUCCUUCGUUUCUAAGAUCUGAGGGUUUCCUUUGUAUAGAAUAUGGAGUUUCUAUUCAAUGCACUCACCUGUAUAAUAAGUAAUGGAUGUUUAAGGUAUUGUUGAAACCACAGUAGUUAUUUAAGCCUGUUGAUAAAACACACAAGGCGUCAGAUCCUCAUACUGUGAGUGAAGAAAGAGACAAUAGGUUUAUUUGAGUUACUUUAUACGUGUUUACUGUUAUCUUUGUACAUAUGACUGUCUGUUACUACAUGUUAUACCUAUAUACCUUUACUUUUGUAAGAGAUAUUAACGAUGUUUAAUUCUAAAGACAAAUAAAAUUUCAUUUCCUAGAAUAUUGUAUCUGUUUGAAUAGUAAUUCACUGUUCUUUAAUAACCGCAGAGUGUGCAGCAAUGUGUU